UCCUUCACCGCAUAUAUUUUCCGCAUCAUAAUAUUCUUCCUCUCUGCAACUCAGUAAAGAGAAGAGAAACUCAAAAGAGAAAACCAGAAGGGGCAAGUUCUAAUGGCAGAGAAACUUGAAGCAGUAAAAGUAUUAUAUUGUGGGGUUUGUAGUUUACCAGCAGAAUAUUGUGAAUUUGGCCAAGAUUUUGAAAAGUGUAAACCAUGGUUGAUUGAGAAUGCCCCUGAAGUCUAUCCCCAUCUAAUCCCAAAAGAUGCAGAUGGGAAUGAAGUUGAUAAGGUGACUGAGAAGCUACAAAGGGCUGGGAUUGCUUCUGGUAGUGCUGAUGGUGCUGUUCUAUCAACUUCUAAAGAGGGGACAUCAACAGGUAAAGAAGAAGUAAAGAGGCUUCCUGGUGGUAAGGUUAAGAAGAAAGAUAAGAAGGAAGUUAUUAUUGAAAAGGUUGUACGUAAUAAGCGCAAGUGUGUCACAAUUGUUAAAGGACUUGACCUCUUUGGUGUUAAACUGAAUGACGCAUCAAAGAAGCUUGGGAAGAAGUUUGCAUCAGGAGCGUCUGUUGUUAAGGGGCCAACUGAGAAGGAGCAAGUUGAUGUCCAGGGAGACAUAUCGUAUGAUAUUGUUGAGUUCAUUACAGACACCUGGCCUGAAGUCCCGGAAAGUGCAAUCUACUUCAUUGAAGAUGGGCGAAAGGUUCCCGCUGCUUGAAAGGAACUUCUGUUGAUCUGUUUUUAUUGGGUCUAACAGAAGAAUGGAUUCCCUAGCCGUACGAAGAGAUUGUGAAACACAAUGGAGCAUACAUUACAUGUGAAAUUACUAUCUAGCUGACUGUAAGUAGAUCAUGGUCCAGAGUGUAAUACCACUAAGAAAAAUUACCUCUACUUUCCCUCGUAUACUCAUUAAAUAUGGAAAAUGGGUUCAGAAACAAACCUGCAGUAUUUUGUAAAACAAAACUGGUUGACUGUUAAAUAUGGCUCUUUUCAUGUCAAAUUUAAUGUUGCACCCUUUUUCUUAGUACUCCACAGAGGUUUCUUCUA